AUGGAUAACACUUCUUCGUCCUCUUUAAAUCCUGCUGUAGCCGGCGGCUCGCAAACACGAUUAACGGCUCCCGUUACGCCUUCAAAUCGAGUCCUUCCUUCUACGUCGGUAAGUAGCAGCUUCACUACCAACAGUUCUUUGGCGACAACAGUUCUCCAACGUCGUCAUUCAAUUUAUGGAACUGGUGAAGAUAGGAUUGUAUUAGAUCUAGGAAGUUUAUAUAUAAAAGCUGGAUUUAGUGGUGAAUCUAGACCAAGGCAUAUUGUUCCUGUGUAUGCUGGUAAUAUGAAAACCCAUUGGGAUCCGGAUUUUAAUGGAAGUGGAGGCGUCGUGAAAGCUUGUGGAGAAGGCUGUAGGAUCAUUGGCGAAUUUGCUGAAUUAUACGAUUUAGAAAUUGGAAAGAAUCCUGAUGAAUUGGAUGCUUUAUAUGACCGUUUGGCACAUUAUUUAAGAGAGAUUUAUUUCAGGUACCUAUUAACAGAUCCUAAACAACGCAAAGUUGUAUUAUGCGAAUCACCUAUGAUGCCAUUAAAAUUGAAGCAAUUGAUCGCGAAAGUAUUGUUUGAAAAUUUGCAGGUGCCAUCUAUUUCUUUCGCACCGUCACACAUGUUGGCCUUGUUAACUACAGGCUGUACGACUGGUUUGGUAAUAGACGUUGGACAUUUAGAGACGACUGUAUUGCCAACAUUUUCUGCACGACCUUUGACACCCUUUAUUCGUACAACUCCUUUAGCAGGCCGUGCAUUAACACAACGACUCAAAGAGUUAAUUUCUACUUAUGGUAGCAUGAUUAUUCCACCUUCGACAAACUUAGUACCUGUUCAUGCCAAAUAUCUUACACCUGCUGUGCUUGAAGAUAUAAAAACUCGAUUUAUUUUUGUAAGUCCAAUAACGGUCGAAGCGACAGUUGGAAUUGCUGAAAAAACGUUAGUCGAAGAUAUGGAAGAAAAAUACGCAUCAGUUAGUUCUUCAACAGAUUUAUCAUAUCCUAUCACUAUAAGCAAGAAUGGUCGUGAACGGCAGAUGGGAACCUUAAUUAUACCUAGUUGGAUUAGAGAGCGUUGUGCAGAAGUUCUUUUUGAAGGGGAUGAGGAUGAGUCUAGUAUAGUUGGAUGUGCGCUCGAAUGUUUGUUAAAGACACCAAUGCAUCUUCGUCGUCCUCUUUUUUCAGCAAUUCUCCUUAUUGGUGGAACAACAUUACUUCCCAAUUUUCAACAAAGGUUUGCCCAGGAAGUCCUUCGUGCUUUGAAUAAAGAUAAAAGAUUUAAACCUUUAAGUGGACUUGCAGAUCAUUUUGAAUUUUUGGAAGACAACGGAAGUGGUAAAGUUUUUGUAGCCAAUUGUCGGGCUUGGGUUGGAGGUUCUCUAAUCGGAUCACUUAAAUCUACUGUUGUUGAAAUUUCUAGAGAGAAAUAUACAGGUGAAGUGCCUGAUUGGACGACACCAAAUAUUCCAUCAACUGCAUGA